AUGCCGUCUACCCCAUUGCUUCCGGACAUCGUUCAAGCGGACACCACGCCAGUCACGCAUGUCCGUGUGGUGGUACACACUCUUGGUGCAGCAGGUCCUAAUACCAGCGACAAUCAUUGGUCCAUCUACUUGCUUCAUUCUGAUCGUGUCUCAUCAACUCGCAUCAACAUGAGGGCAGAGUUUGAGGAUCCAAGUGGGAAACUCGAAUGGACUAAACAUGCCUACACCCAGACCACAUCGGCCAUCAGGCAUUGGGACUUCCCAGUUGCCGCUGGAAUCACUGUAUUAUACUUCGCACGUCUCAUCUACAGCCAUCGCCGCGAUAGAUACGAGAUGUCCGGUGGAGGUUCAGGCUGUCGGUGGUGGGUUUACAACAUCAUAUCCGAUCUUGCACAGGAAAGUUAUAUCCACCAGAGUGCCCCGGGCACUAUUUGGCCCAAUCUUUUGUAUCUAUACCACAUGACUAAGGAGCCAAAGCCACUGCACAUGGUUCAAGGAACGUUCUAUUAG